UAUAUGACUCGGAUGUGAUCGACCACGUGGUGCAGAGUCCCAUCCUGAAGGAUCUCAGUUGCAGCACACUGCUCGUCCUCUUUACCUCCUCUCUCGUUGCAACAAUCCGUCUCUCAGACGUCCACCUCGUAGCAGCUACCAGCCUUUUACCUCACAAGUAAAGAUGUUCCGUUUACCAACCGUCAUGAAGCAGGUGAGGCCCGUGUGCCGGGCGCUGGCUCCUCACCUCACACGAGCCUACGCCAAGGAAGUGAAGUUUGGAGCUGAUGCUCGCGCCCUCAUGCUUAAGGGAGUGGACCUGCUGGCUGACGCUGUGGCCGUCACCAUGGGCCCAAAGGGUCGCAAUGUCAUCAUCGAGCAGAGCUGGGGCAGCCCCAAGGUCACCAAAGACGGCGUGACGGUGGCCAAGAGCAUCGACCUGAAGGACAAGUACCAGAACAUCGGUGCCAAGCUGGUGCAGGACGUUGCCAACAACACCAACGAGGAGGCCGGCGACGGCACCACCACCGCCACAGUGCUGGCUCGCGCCAUCGCCAAGGAGGGCUUCGACACCAUCAGCAAAGGCGCCAACCCCGUGGAGAUCCGCCGCGGAGUCAUGAUGGCCGUAGAAACCGUCAUCAAUGAGCUGAAAAAUCUCUCCAAGCCAGUGACGACCCCCGAGGAGAUCGCACAGGUUGCCACGAUCUCAGCCAACGGAGACGUGGAGAUUGGUACCAUCAUUUCCAACGCCAUGAAGAAAGUUGGCCGCAAGGGAGUCAUCACUGUCAAGGAUGGGAAGACUCUGCACGAUGAGCUGGAGAUCAUUGAGGGUAUGAAGUUUGACCGCGGUUACAUCUCCCCCUACUUCAUCAACACUGCCAAAGGUCAGAAGUGUGAGUUCCAGGACGCCUACCUGCUGCUGAGCGAGAAGAAGAUCUCAACUGUCCAGAUGAUCGUGCCAGCCCUGGAGAUCGCCAACCAGCAGCGCAAACCGCUGGUUAUUAUUGCUGAGGACGUGGACGGAGAGGCCCUCAGCACCUUGGUGCUCAACAGGCUGAAGGUUGGUCUUCAGGUGGUGGCUGUUAAAGCUCCAGGAUUCGGAGACAACAGGAAGAAUCAGCUGAGGGACAUGGCCAUCGCCACCGGGGGCACCGUGUUUGGAGACGACGCUGUGGGUCUCGCUCUUGAAGACAUCCAGGCUCACGACUUCGGCAAGGUCGGCGAGGUGCAGAUUACCAAAGACGACACCUUGCUGCUGAAGGGAGGCGGCAACCCGGCUGAACUGGAGAAGCGUGCGGCGGAGAUCAUCGAGAUGCUGGAGAACACCACCAGCGACUACGAGAAGGAGAAGCUCAACGAGAGACUGGCCAAGCUGUCUGACGGAGUGGCGGUACUCAAGAUCGGAGGAACAAGUGACGUGGAGGUGAAUGAGAAGAAAGACCGCGUGACGGACGCUCUGAACGCUACCCGGGCCGCUGUGGAGGAGGGUAUCGUACAAGGUGGAGGCUGCGCCCUGCUGCGCUGCAUCCCAUGUCUUGAUUCCAUCAAAACCGCCAAUGCUGACCAGAAGAUCGGCGUGGAGAUCAUCAGACGGGCGCUCCGUAUCCCCGCCAUGACCAUCGCUAAGAAUGCCGGUGUGGAGGGUUCGCUAGUGGUGGAGAAGAUCCUGCAGGGGCCGGCUGAGUUCGGCUACGACGCCAUGCAGGGAGAGUACGUCAACAUGGUGGAGAAGGGCAUCAUCGACCCCACCAAGGUGGUGAGGACGGCGCUGCUGGACGCCGCAGGAGUUGCCUCCCUGCUCUCCACCGCCGAGGCUGUCGUCACGGAGAUCCCCAAGGAGGAGAAGGAGAUGCCGGGAGGCGGCAUGGGUGGCAUGGGAGGAAUGGGCGGUAUGGGAGGUAUGGGAGGUGGCAUGGGUUUCUAAGCCAAUCCUCCUGACUUGCUGUACAGACUAAUAUAGGCAGAGUGGUGCUGGUGGUGGGGGUCAGCUGAGGAGAAAUCCUCCAAGAACCCACCUCCACCUAACUUUGCCCAAACUGACUGGCCAUGAAGAGUAUGUUGGAGCUGCAAAUGUUUGACACCCACCUCCCUCCACCCUCCACUACGUCACACAACCCUCUUCGUCCGGGGUUUUUUCUGGAGGAGUCGGCCUCGCCUGACCCGAAACAAACUGAGGAUGAGAGCCCAUCAAACCAAGUUACUACACCUCUACUCUACUCUACUCUAACGGCUAAAACACUCAACAGAAAGAAUAUUAUCAUGCAGAUUUACGUACAGAUUAAAUGUCUGUAAAGUGAUUAUUAAAGUGGUCUAAAAACAUAGUAAACAUGUCGUUGAUGCUCUACAAAGAGAGCACGAGAAAAGAUGCAUAGCCAUGAUUGUGUCGGUGUCCUUUUUAUGUUUGUCAUAGUAUUUUGUUAAUUCUUCUUUUUUUUUAUAUAUAUAUGUUUUGUUUCCCCCCGGUUAAUAUUAUGUGAGUUAAAAUCUGUCAUUUGAUUUAAUUAAAACCAGUUUUUCUUACAGAGCUUUGAGCAUUUUGUCUCUGACAUUAAUUGUACGUCCUCCUUGUACGUGACACAGUUGGGUGCCUAAAUUACAGAGUUUGAGUUUCACCAGGGGCCUGUUUAAAAGAUGUUUACUGGGAUGUCUGGGAGUCGUUUUCAUGCAUGCAGCAUUGUGAGUAUUUUCAGAGCAUCAGCCUGUAUGUCAGAUCAUCUGAUUAUUGAUAUCACAAUAAUAAUAAUAAUAAUAAAAGGCUGAUUGAUUGUGAGAGGUGGGGCUCAAGUUACAAAGCAGUUUGGACCAUUCAAGGUCUCGGCUACAAAGUCUAAAUGUGAAAACCUGUCGUGUCCGUGUGCUGUUAAAACAUCGGCCUUCAUUUCUCCCCUCAUACGCUCUGCUUUAACUACAGAAAACUACAGUAUGAAGAUAUUUUACUUUACUACAAAACACAUUAUUCCUUUGCAAAAUGGCAAAUAUGGGUGAUCAUUCGACUUCUGUUUUGUACAAUGUAGACGAUGAUUAAUGGUGAUUUUCUUUUCUUUUUUUUUAUUUAAUAAAUUCAAUUGUUCAGA